AUGUCUCAUAUCAUUGUCAAUCGAUUAUUCAAGCCCUCAGUCUCCAGAAAUUUCCUCAGACACACAAACGUUCGUCUGUUCACAUCUGAUCAAUCCUACCCGUUUCUGUUGGUCGACUACAUCCUCAAGAACCCAAGCUCUCCAGAUGGUGGCCUCAAAAAAGACUACUCACUUUGCCGCAAGGAAAAUAAAAUCUUCAUCAACGACAAGAAGGUCAUGAAGAACGUCUGUGAUGCAAUGACCGUUGGGUUUUCACGUGAUGGUUUAAAGUUGGAAGAAACGUACAAGGGUCUAGCUAUCCAUUACAAAAACGUGUCGGCUCAUCUACCUCCUCUACCCGCAGGUUCAAUAAUUCAAAGCCUGGCCAUGUCCUCUUUACCUACCCGAGAAAAAGAUUGGGUAGUGGGUGUCAAGUUAUCGGGAUCUCGGUUGAGUCUAUGUAGGCCUUUCGGGAGCUGUAAAUGGAUAGACAUAAAAAACGCACCUGGGUCUAUCAACCCUAUGUCGAGCCUCAUGUUCUCCAAAAAAGAGAAAAGGUUCUACAUUCCUAGCCUCGGAGGCAACUACUUGUGCUAUUUGCCAAAGGGACUAGACAAACUCAGGUUCAUGGAUCUGGAGUUUGACGAUCUUCCAGCCUCGGUGUAUGAGGAGGUUGCGAAGUUGAGUUCAUAUUCAAGAACAGACCAUCUUGUGGAGUCACCGACCGGCCAACUCUUCCUUGUCAAGUGGUAUGGUGAGGACUCAGAGGUAUGUAUGGACUCAGACUCGGACUCCGAAUUGGAUUCGGACUCGGACUCCGAAUCAGACUCGGACUCGGACUCAGACUGCGAAUCGGACUCAGACUCAGACUCAGACUCCGAAUCGGACUCAGACUCCGAAUCGGACUCGGACUCCGAAUCGGACUCGGACUCGGACUCCGAAUCGGACUCGGACUCGGACUCCGAAUCGGACUCGGACUCGGACUCCGAAUCAGACUCGGACUCCGAAUCAGACUCGGACUCCGAAUCGGACUCGGACUCCGAAUCAGACAAGGACGAUGAAAAUGAAAUGUCAACACUGAAGCACGUAACGAAAAAAAUCAUGGUGUUUAGGGCGGGAGAGCAAUCGAUUUACUAUGAGAAGACUAUGAUCUACACAGAAGAUAUUGGAGAUCUUUGCAUGUUUCUUGGACAUAGCCAGGCUUUCUGCGUCCCGGCCAGCUCGUCUCCUGGACUCCAGCCCAACUGCAUCUACUUUGUGGGUCGUAACUUUGGCGUUUAUGAUCUUACCACCAAAACUUGCACUACCUUCCACACAAAAGAUCACGGUCCAGUAACGGGAAUUGAAUUCCCUUACUGGCAAUUUCUCUCUAGCAUCACUUAA